CAUAAAAAAUCUCGGCCGGCUCGGACGGACUCAGGCAGGCCCUAUGGAGACAGACCCUAAUGAAACAAGUGAUGAAAUAGAAUAGGAGAUUGCUACCGAUCUACCAUGUGCCCCGUGUAAAAGUGAAUUCCAUAAUUAUUUUCUAUAUCGUCGAUGUUAUUUUUAUUAAUUACUAUAUAGAGACAAUUGAAAAAUGCAAUAGAUAUAGAAUAUUAAUUUAAGCCUCAUGAGUGGUGGAAGUUGCUGUAUUACUUAUUGGUCGUACCUGUAGAGAAGCCUAUUACAGUAUCUGUGUAUCACAUUAAAUAUAGACAAUAAAAUAUGUCUGCUAUCACAAGAAAGAAAGUACUGAAAAAUGGAUUUGAUAAACAAGAAAGCCUUCAAGCAAUUGUGUUUGCCAGUGACUUUAUUGAUGAUCUCAAACCUGUGGAUCAAGUAUAUCCUAGCAUACUGCUACCAGUUGUUACUUGUCCAUUGUUGGAAUUUACAUUGGAUACCUUGAUUCGUUCAAAGGUGGAACAAAUAUUUUUAUACUGUAGUAGUCAUCUGGAAAUUCUAAAGACAUAUCUGGAUUCCUUGAAAAAUGUAUAUAAGAAUAUUAAUAUUGUGCCUAUAAUAUCUGAUGGUUGUCAGUCACUAGGAGAUGCUCUUAGAGAUAUUGAUACUAAAGGGUUCAUCAGAAAUGACUUUAUUCUCAUUCGUGGUACAGCAUUUGGUAAUUUAGAUUUGAGUCAACUUAUGGAUUUGCAUAAAGCUCGUAGAGAGAAGGAUAAAACUACUGUUAUGACCAUGAUUCUAAGAAAUCUUGGUAAUAUGAAAGAUUCUAUAUUAAAGAAAGAAUGUAAUCUUGUUGUUUCCAACAGUCCUACGAAAAAGAUUUUAAUGUACAAGAAAAAUGUUCCAAAUGAAGAUAAAAUUGAACUUGAACUGCAAUGGUUCCUGGAGCAUAAUAAAGUUAGCAUUGAUACUUCUCAUCUCGAUACACGAAUUUACAUGUGCUCUCAAGCUGUUCUUCCUUUGUUUGCAGAUAAUUUUGAUUUUCAGACAAUGGAAGAUUUUAUACAUGGUGUUUUGAUAAAUGAAGAAUUUUUGAAUUCAAAAAUUUAUUGGGAAUCAUUGGCUUGUCCAAGUUAUGCUUUGCCAAUCUGUUCAAAAGAAACUUACAGAAUUCUCUGCAGAGAUAUACUGCAACGACAUAGUUAUCCUUUAGUUCCUGAUACUUUACCAAUAUAUUUGAAAAACUUUAUUUACAUGUCUAGAAGUACAUAUAAGCACUGUAGUUCAGUGGUGUCAAAAGGUUCUAUUUUGCAUUCAGAGUCAAUUAUGGGUAAAAAUAGUUUUCUAGGUACACAUUCUUCUGUUGAAAGAACUGUUAUUGGUGCCAACUGUAAAAUAGGAAAUAAUGUAUGCAUAGAAGAUUCAUAUAUAUUUUCCGAUACAGUGAUUGAAGAUUAUUGCCACAUUAAAGACUCAAUCAUCUUUUCAAAAUGUUUACUGAAAAAGAAUUUCAAAUUAAAUACAUGUAUAUUGUUGCCAAAUGUUGUUUGCAACGAAAAUUAUUGUAAUUCAGUUAUUGAAAUAAAUGAUAGUGGAAAGAUGAUAGUCAGAACAAUGGAACAAUUUGUAGAGAAUUGCGAUACUAGCUUUUCAAGUAUGUUUUGUGAUUUCAAAUUUGAUCAAGAUAAUGACAAUGAUGAUGCAUUAUCUACUUCAACAUCUGUUUCAUCAUCAUCCACAAAUGAUUCACCAAUGCCAGAAACUCUUGAAGAAGAAAUAAAUGAAGAGACAUUCUUAUCUGAUGUUAUUGAAAAUUUACUGAGUGGUUACGAAGAUAAGCUUUAUCAUAAAAAUGUAAUUUUAGAAAUAAAUUCAUCGAGAUUGGCGCAAAAUAUUAGUAGUGAGCAAGUGUUGUACAGUGUAAUUCAAGCAUCUUUCACUUUACCAUUUCACGUUCUCAAGACAGGCGAUAAUUCUCAGUUUAAAGAUUAUUAUAAAAUUUUAAUACCAGUUAUAAAUUACGUAGAACCUAUAAUUAACAAUUACAUGAAAACAAAAUCGGCUCAGAAAGAUUGCUUAUGUGCCAUAAGGGAUGUAAUUUGUAAAAAUAAGAAGUUAAUGAUGCCAUAUGCUGGAAAUAUUUUACGUGUAUUCUAUGACAAGGAUAUUUUGGGAGAAGAAAUUAUUAUUGAUUGGUUUGAACAGAAUUUUAGUGAAUCACAAAGAGACGAUGAAAAUGAACAGGAAGAAGAUCAUGAUACACACGAAGCAAUAAAGAAAGCUUUAUUGCCAUUUAUUACGUGGUUGAAGGAAGCUGAAGAAGAUUCAUCUGAGUAAAAUGAGCUUAUAAAAUUGUUUAUGUUUAUGAAUAAAAAAAGCUUUCAUGUAAAAACUGUACAUUAUUCCUAAUAAUAAUAUAAAAUUGACA